AUGACUUGUGUGAGAAAUACAUCCUACUCUUUAUUGUUAAAUGGUAGAGUGCAAGGUAGAUUUAAGGGUGAAAAGGGGUUGCGUCAAGGGGAUCCUAUGUCUCCCCUUCUCUUUGUGCUCAUUAUGGAAUAUAUGACCAGAAGUCUUCAAUUGGCUGCUCGGAAUUCUUCAUUUCGUUAUCACCCUAUGUGUAAGAGUCUUAAGCUCCUUAACUUGUGUUUUGCUGAUGACCUGAUUUUGUUUUGUAAGGGAUCCCUCUCGGCAGUGAGCAUUUUUAAGGAAGCCCUUGGGAAGUUUAGUGAGGCUACUGGUUUAUCAAUCAAUGCCAGUAAGUCUCAUAUCUAUUUUAGUGGAGUUAAUGCAGCUGAGAGAAGGGUGAUUGCUCAGGCAAUUCAACUUCCUGAGGGGACCUUUCCUCUUCGGUACCUUGGGGUUCCUAUGAGACCAACCAAAUGGAAACACGAGGACUGUGAGAUUAUUGUGCAUAGAAUCAGGUUGAAGUUGUUAACUUGGUCUAGUAGGCAUUUGUCCUAUGCAGGCCGAUUACUCCUUAUUCAUUCUGUUCUAUUUGGCCUCAGAAAUUACUAG